AUAAAAUAUUAGACACAGCACAGCACACGCUCAAAGAAAAGAGUUUCCCCUCCCUGUAUAGAUAUAGAAUCGGGGUUUUGGUUAGGGUUUGUUUGAUCAAUGGCGGAGGAAAAGGCUAUGCGAUCCAAGGGCAUGGUCACCAAAUUCAACGAUCAGAAGGGCUACGGAUUCAUCCAGCCCGAGGAUGGAGGCGAUGAUCUGUUCGUCCAUCAAACCGCCAUAAAAUCUGAGGGCUACCGCUCCCUCCGCGAGGGCCAGGAGGUCGAGUUCACCGUCAUUCUAGACGGCGAUAAGGCCAAGGCUGCUGACGUCACCGCUCCCGGCGGCGGCCCCGUCGACACCGCUCCUCGCAGGGGUAAUAACAGCAACAGCCGCGGCGGAUACGGCGAUCGGAGAAAUGACGGCAACGGAUAUGGUUAUCGCAGCGGCGAGUGCUUCAAUUGUGGUGAAUUUGGGCAUAUGGCCAGGGAUUGCGGAGGUGGUGGAAGUGGUGGAGGAUGUUAUAACUGUGGAGGAUUUGGGCAUAUGGCUAGGGAAUGUCCUAGUGGAAAUCGCGGUGGGGGUUCCGGCGGGGCUUGUUUCUCCUGUGGGGAGCCAGGUCACAUGGCGAGGGAUUGUAUGCACAGCGGCGGAGGAGGACGCAGUGGAGGCGGAGGAGGCUGUUUCAACUGCGGUGAAUCUGGACACUUCGCCAGGGAAUGCAAAAGCACCUCGUGAAUAAAUGGUUCCUCUUUUUCUAUGGUUAUGGUUGAAUUGUAAUGCUUUUUUAUUUAGGUAGGAGUAUGUUAUUAGGAUUUUUGCUUAUAUGGUUAAUUAAUGCGAUCCACUCAUUUUUGAA